ACUGUGUUAGUGUUGAGUCUGCCGGCAGUGACCAGUGACGGGCUAGAGUGGGCAAGAUGGCCAAGACGUGUGACUUGUUAGGCGCUGUCUUGUGUUUAUGUGUUUGUCUUAUAGUCGUCUUCACUCAACACUUGGGACUGGAGGAAAAUGACAUUUGUAAGCAACAAGAUGGAUUGUUGUGGGCUUGCCAAAACCUGAGAAACUGCCCAUCAGCUCAAGCAGACCUGAAAAGAGGGAAAAGACCAGAAAUUUGUACUUUCGUUGGAAAUAACCCGAUUGUAUGUUGCCAGCCUGAUCUCAAAAACAGGAUGCCACCUGAAUCCCAGAGGAUCAGUUCUCAGAAAUGCAAGGAGUAUGGAAAGGCUGUAUUUAACAAAGUCGAAAGCCCAAUAGGAGAUGGGUUCAUAGAGAUAGAUACUUGCGCUUUGGUCGAACCUCUGAUAACCAAUGGUACUCCAGCCAACCCCAGAGAAUACCCCCAUAUGGCCCUGAUUGGCUACGGACCAAAGAACAACAUUGAUUGGCUCUGUGGAGGGAGUCUGAUCAGUGAACGGUUCGUUCUCAGUGCUGCUCAUUGUACUAAUGCUGGGAGUAAAGGUUUAGCCAGCUGGGUCAGACUCGGUGACUAUGACAUAUUUUCAACAGAUGAUGACAAGAACAGACAUGCAGAAUCAAGAGAAUAUCAGAUUAUUGAGAGGAUAAACCACCCGGAAUACAAGAGCCCUAGUGUGUACAACGACAUAGCAUUGUACAAGCUUAAGGACACAAUCAAAUUCAACGAGUAUGUUCGGCCAAUCUGUCUUCAGAUCGAUCAUACGUUUGCCAAGACUUACGCGCUUGGUACAGGAUGGGGGCGAGUGGAGUGGGGAGGAAAACAAAGUGGUGUUCUUCAGAAGGUGAACUUAACAAUCAUCGGAAGGAAGGAGUGUGUUGACACCUACAAGGCUUCUAUUGGACCGAAACUCAAGAAUGGAAUUGUAGACGCAUCUCAGCUGUGUGCAGGAGACCUGGCGAAUGGGAAAGAUACUUGCAAGGGUGAUUCUGGAGGCCCUCUUCAGAUCCGACUGAGAGAGCCGUACUGUAUGUACAGUCAAGUGGGGAUUACUUCCUUUGGAGUGCGCUGUGCAGCGAACUACCCCGGAGUAUACACAAGGGUAUCUCAUUAUGUGCCUUGGAUAGAGAGCGUCGUGUGGGCUUAGACAACAAACAUCAUCAUCAUUUUUAGACAACAAACAUACGUUCAGGAGGUUAAGAAGUAUAGUAUAAACUUUAACUUUAAGUGAGUGAGGGCUUCUCAACUAUCUGAAAAUUUGUAACUAUACGUCCAAAGGUUGCUGAUUGUAUAGUUCCAUGGUACCUAUCCACUAUGCGAGUAUGCUUAAAUAGAAUAAGAAAACAAUUUUAAUUCCUUUAUAAUAAUAAUGAUGAACUAAAAUAAAUCCAUAUUGUACUUGACAGUA